AAAUUCACCCUCUCUCUCUCAUAUCUCUCUCCCCUACUGUACAGUAAAUAACAAACAUUUACAUCACUUUAUGGAUAGAUUCUCUUUUCCCUCAGACCCAGAUAUGUAGAUUUAUCUCCUGGUCUUUACCCGAAAAAGAAAAAGAAAAAGAAAACUCCUUAUCAAUCAAUACAAUGGAAUAAUGGGGUGGUCACUACUUACUACUCCAGGUGAGGUGGGAUCUCCCUGGAUGUGGCUGUAGUAGUUGUCACAUUCACAUACAGCCCAUCAGUAAUUCGGUAUUACUAUCCUGAGCUUCACCUCAGCACUUCUUUUCUAUACUAGCUAUUUCAGUGGAGAGUGCCUCAAAAUCAGACAACGACCUCUUCUCGCCUUCUGAUAAUCGAGGUUUCAUAAUUAUCAAAAUCAUUAACCUACAAAAAAAGAAAAUCCACCAGACCAAUUACAUCGCUUUCUGUUUGUCUUACUAACUUCCCUACCCAUUCUCAUCAUGUAGCUAAGCUAACGUCGAUGAUAAUAAUGAACAAAUAUAAGGGCUUCCGUCAUGAGCCGUCUCCUUAACCAAGCUCAUUUUUUCUCAGAGAGCUUGGACUCUUUUCUCAGAGAUCCAUAAUACAUGGACUGUUCACUGUAGUACUUGACACAUCACAAUUCCCACCGCACGUAAAGACAGAAAAGCAGGACUACGAGCCUCUUCAGUAUCAGAUCCCAGAAAAGCUUUGCUGCGUCCCUUUUUCGUCUCUAGUCGCUUACUGUAAGUCACCAUCUCUCUCAAGUCUCACCCAAAGUGGGACCUGGCUGUUCAGGACGAGCUGCGUUCUGGUCCAGUCGUGUAAUUUUGUUUAUGUUUUUCCUGGUGUUAUGAAUAUUUUCUAUCUACCAAAAAAAAAUCUCUCUCUCACCUAAUUAUAGAGACCAACCCAUCACCAUGCAAUUGUUUUCUAUCUCUUCUAACGUUUCUCACUUGAAUCGGAUCAAUAUUAAUCUCUUAUAUGCUGCUACUCUCACCACAAUCCACACCACCUCCUCUCUCUCUCUCUCUCCUUGUAAGCCCCAGAACUCCCAUUCUGUAUCUGAUCCUGAUAUUCUUUAAAAAAGAAGAAAAAAAUGUGGGUUUAGAUGGAUGAACUGUUUAUCUUCAUCUGCUGCUUCAAAAGAGAAAAGGAAGGAGAUAUGGUUAGGAGAUGAAGGAGAGGCAACGUUGGCAACCCGAAGAAGACGCACUCCUCCGAGCCUACGUUAAGAAAUAUGGGCCAAAAGAAUGGAACCUCGUCUCACAACGUAUGGGCAAACCCCACGACCGAGACGCCAAAUCUUGCCUCGAGCGCUGGAAGAACUACCUCAAGCCAGGUAUCAAGAAAGGAUCGUUAACCCUUGAAGAACAGAACCUCGUCAUCUCUCUCCAGGCUAAAUACGGCAACAAGUGGAAGAAAAUCGCCUCCGAGGUCCCCGGCCGCACCGCCAAGCGCCUCGGCAAGUGGUGGGAAGUCUUCAAAGCGAAACAGCUCAAACUGCAACAACAGCAGCAGCAUCAGAAAACCCAUCAGCAACAACGUCCCCUCCCCUCGGACUAUCCUGACCCAUCUACAGCAUCGUCAAUCCCACCACCCACCACCACUCUUCACGGCCAAUACGACCAUAUUCUGGAAACUUUUGCAGAGAAGUACGUUCAGCCCAAGCUGCUUAAGCUCCAACAGCGACAACCACAACCAUCGCUUCUACCUCCCUCGUUACUGAUGCCUAGUCACCUCUCGCUCCCCGAAGCUCCUCCUCCUAUUCUAUCACUGUCCACCACUGUUCUACCUGCCUGGAUGAACACCCCUAAUUUGGUCUCCUCGACUCCAUCUUUGUCUUCCUCGUCUUCUACUACCCCUUCACCGUCUGUCAGUCACUUACAUUCUCCUCAGGAGCCCACUUGUCUGGACUCGGUUUCGCAAGAGAUGGGACUGACCCACCAGCGUUUCUUCACGCUUCAUGAAAUGGGCGUGCUUGCUCAGUACUGUAAGGAGAUAGAAGAAGGGAAGAAGAACUUGUUACAGCGAAAGAAAGAAGCUACUUGGAGGCUGAAUCGGUUGGAGCAGCAACUGGAGUCGGAGAAGGCAAGAAAGAUGAAGGAGAAGAUGGAGGAAGUGGAGGCCAAGAUCAGAUGUUUAAGAAAUGAAGAGAUAGCUUACCUUGAUAAGAUUGAAAAUGAAUGCGAAGAACAACUUAAAGCCAUUCAAAUAGAAGAAGAAGCGAAGGAGGCCAAAAUGGUAGAAGCAUGGUGUAGCAAGCAAGUUAAACUCGCUAAACUUGUAAAACACAUGGGCAUUCACAGAUUCCAUCUUACAAAAAACUUGUAUUAACUCACCAAUGUUCUCUUCCGAUUUGUAAUAAUCAUCUUUUUCAUCUCUCUUUUUUUUCAUGAGUAAUAUGAUAUAUAGUCUGGU